GGAGCGGUGAGACCUCACGGCGAGCAGCCUUCUUCUUGCGGCUACGUCCGUCCGCGUGGCAAGCUGAGGAACGACAGCAAGAGGAAUGGCUUCCUCCGUGAUGGUCUCCUCCGCCGCCGCCGUCGUCUCCCGGGCUUCACCGGCUCAAUCCAGCAUGGUCGAGCCCUUCACCGGCCUCAAGUCCACCUCCGCCUUCCCGGUCACCAGGAAGGUCAACGCUGACCUCUUGCACCUCCCCAGCAACGGUGGCAGAGUCCAGUGCAUGAAGGUGUGGCCGAUCGAGGGCAAGAAGAAGUUCGAGACCCUCUCCUACCUUCCUACGCUGGUGGACGAGGUCUUGCUCAAGCAGAUCGAGUACCUUCUCCGCUCCAAAUGGAUUCCCUGCUUGGAGUUCAGCCACGAGGGGUUCGUGUGGCGUGAGAACCACCGGUCGCCGGGGUACUACGACGGGCGCUACUGGACCAUGUGGAAGCUGCCCAUGUUCGGGUGCACCGACGCGACGCAGGUGGCGAAGGAGCUGGAGGAGUGCAAGAAGGAGUACCCCAGGGCCUUCGUCCGCAUCAUCGGCUUCGACAACAACCGCCAAGUGCAGUGCAUCAGUUUCAUCGCACACAAGCCCGAUGGCCACUAGUAGGCAGCGUGGUGGUCGGCGCCUCCUUGCCUUUGCCUCGUCGUUCCCUCCAUUUGCCUUCUUCCCAAGCAUCCAAUAAGGUUGUCCGUGUUUUGUUUGGUGAAGACAACCCUCGUAAUAAUCCGUUUAUCUAUGUACACAUACAGAGACGCGACCGGAGUUGAAGAUGUAUUUGCUCACGGUCCAUCUAAAAGCUUAAAUGCUUCCAAAAUAUGUUUGCAGGCAGAGCUGCAUCCUGGCUGAACCCAUCCAACUUAAAGCAAUGGGUCUGCAAAUACGACUAGAGGUAGCAGAGGUUUAUAUAUUGUCUACACCAUAUUUGUAUGCAGAAUGCAAAUGAUGGCAAGGAGUUCUAUUUUCUUGAAACGAAGGAACAAAAUAUCUCCCAUCA